AAUUAAAAUAAUUAAAUAAAAUAAUGUAUUACCUAAAGAUAAGAUAAUAAAUUUAAUAAUUUUUUUAAUAUGCGUGAAAAACCUAGAAAACAUAAAAACGAAACAGAGGGAGUAUAAACAAUAAGGAAAACAUAUUAAAACAAGAACUUGAAAAAGAUUUCACAAAUUAGACUAAACACAAAAUCAGGAUUUGAUCAAUUUUCUUAAGUCAAUAAGUAUGAUUUGUAUUAGACUUGGAUGCUCUAUUUCUUACAUAGAUACUCAUGGAUGAUAUGUCAUUUAAAAAUACAAAUUUAGAGAUUCUUGAUAUUAGGAUUAUCAUUAAUGUCACUUUAUUUCACAGAUUGUUGCAUUAGAUCACCCCUCAUGUUACAGUUGUAUGAUUGCAGGGGCUAUAUGGCUCCUGAGUACGUUAAGAACGGAAGAUUUUCAGCCAAAACAGACGUUUACAGUUUUGGGGUUGUGCUUUUGGAGAUGAUAACCGGUCAAAGUAAUAAGAACUACUUUGAAUCCUUGGGGCUACCCGCAUAUGCUUGGAAGUGUUGGGUUGCCGGCGAGGCUGCGAGUAUCAUUGAUCCUGUUUUGAGUAGGACCCCGACAAAUGAAAUCCUUAGAUUCAUCCACAUUGGUUUGCUGUGCGUUCAAGAGAAUGUUACAAAGAGACCAACCAUGAGUUUGGUUAUUCAAUGGCUUGGUAGUGACACUAUCGUGAUUCCUUUACCUACCAUUGCUGCUUUCACCACGACUGAGUUGCAUAAAACCGAUGCAAUGAAUCAAGCCAAAGGUGAAGUUGGUACUCUGUCAUUGAACAAGUUAUCAGUCAGCGAGUUAAGUCCUCGUUGAAUCGAAGACCUCUAUGUGAACUCAUGCAUACAUGUAAUGAUUAAUCUUUAAAAUACAUUAAAAGAACAUUCUUCUUUCUCUAGUAAAAAUCCCGUUGUUCAUGAUCA